CACCCAUCCUACUACAGUAGGCAACGACCGCCGGCUCUGAAUUGAUCGACCGACUGAGGAUGGCAAGUGAGCCCGCGUCCGAACCGCCCGCUACGGCGACACCGCGAGAUAUUAGCGGCGAGGGUGUGUAUGUGACGAGGAAACGCUCCAUCUUCUCCAAGUGGCUGCAUGGAAAAGGCGCGUUCUCGUCCCCGGCGAACCAGCCGGCGCCGGUGUUUCGAUCUGCAGACGUGAUCCAAGAAGGGUACAUGUUGAAGCAAGGGUCUCGGUUUCGUAUGCUCACAAAGCGGUAUUUUAUCCUUCGGCUUGAAGAAAAACACAUGACGUUGGGGUACUACACGUCGAAAGAGGCGUUGGUGCUGUGUUCGGAGACCCCGAUCGGACCAGGACACGCACUGUACGACAUCUCCGUGGAAGGGCAUCACCGGCUGGAACUUCGACACGGCACAACGAGCUUGAUCGUCGAGGUCGAGACCGAAGCGGACUUUGUCAAGUGGAAGAACUGCUUGCAGGAAGCCGUACGGUGGCACCAAGCGAUGGUGUUUGACGGAGCGAACAAGGUCACGUCGUACGGCAAAAAGUGUCUGGACGACGAAGCCGCCGAGGCGUUGGCACGACAGGAAGCCGCCAAGAAGCAGCGGGAAACCGUGGCCAAGAAGGCCCAAGCGGCCGCGACCGCCAACGCUAACAAGCCCAAGUUCCUCCCAUCCACCCGACCCGGGUACCAGUGCUUUACCGUGUCCAACACGAAAUUUGAAAUCCCCGUCGACUACUCAUACGUCAAGACCAUUGGCUCGGGGGCGUACGGCGUCGUAAUUGCCGCGGAAAAGGACGGCCGCCAGGUCGCGAUCAAGAACAUCCAGCGCGCAUUUGACGAUCUCACCGAUGCCAAGCGCAUUGUCAGGGAGAUCAAGCUGAUGCGACACUUUACACACAAGUGCCUGCUGGGCGUGGACGACAUCUUGGAGCCUGUGGAGAUUGCCACGUUUGACGAUGUGUACAUUGUGUCGGAAUGUAUGGCCACGGACUUGCAUCGGGUCAUCUAUUCGCGGCAUCCGUUGAGUGAAGAACACAUUUGCUUCUUCUUGUACCAAAUGCUCAUGGCUCUCAAGUACAUUCACAGCGCGAACGUGAUCCAUCGAGAUCUCAAACCGUCGAAUAUCCUGGUGAAUGCCAACUGCGAGCUCAAAGUUUGCGACUUUGGAUUGGCUCGGGGGGUGGUCGACAACUUGGAAUUGACCGAAUACGUUGUCACACGAUGGUACCACAAAUAUAUAUAUAUAUAGAUUGUCAGGUUGCAGAGUGGUUAUAUAUAUAUAUAUACUUCGAAGUGUAAAUGUCGGGAUACAUCCUUGUUAAAUACUCAUAUAUAUAUAUAUUGUCAGGAUACAGUAGUGUUAUAUAUAUAUAUAUUGUGAGGAUGCAGAAUUGUUAUAUAUAUUGCAUAUAUGUAUAUUGUCAGGAUGCAGUAUUGUUCGUGCUGCCUAAUAUCGAGACUUGAAUAAUCGUAGUUGUCCAAAUUCCAAAUCCACAAGUGUUAGUAUUGAGAGUGUUGUUUCCUUUGCAUUGUAUUUAGCCGAUGUUGUUUUUUCCAUCAUACUAAAUUUUGUCAUACACCAUUUACAUGUACUUGGUGGACGAGAACGCUAUGAUUCUACACAUAUCUAGUGGCUGUCCUCCUUUUUCUUUGGUUCGAUGACACAUUCGUACAUUAUGACAAAAUGAUCAAGAUUUAAGUUAAAUAUUCAGGAAUAUUUUAUCGAAUUCGAUUAUUUAAUAUUAUAAACGUAAUAUUUUUGAACAUAUUUUUUUAAAUUGUAUAAAUAUAUAAGAAUAAAAGAAUUUUGUCAAAUAAGCUUUAAAAAAAAUUAAAUCAGUUUUUACACGUGGAUAUCAUCUCUCCAGGAAUGUUGGUCGACCCAACGAUACUAGUCGUA